AAACCCCAAAGCAAACGGUGGCAGCGGCGACCCCUUCUCCAAGUUUCUCUUCUCUUCUCUUCUUUUACUUCUUUAUAUAUAUAAAUAUAUAAAUAUAUAUCCACUCUCUCUCGUAAUCUUCACCUUCAAUUCUUCUUCAUCAUGUCAACCCUCGCUCCCUCCUCCGAUGCUACCAAAGCUGCAGAUUUAUUGCAGAAUUUGUCCUUGGAUUCUGAGUCCAAGACCACCGGAGUUCCUGAGCCUGGGAAUAAGAGUGGUCCGGUUAAUGGGGGGACCAAGCCAUUUAACCUGAAUGCGAGCUUUGUUCCAAAUGGACAUCCAUCUACUGCAUACUAUUAUGGAGGUAAGGUUAUGAUACUACGCAAGUUGAUUGGAACAUUUAUUCCAGAUAUAUGAACCUUAACGGAGGGAUGACACAAGGUGUUUUGGGCGAUAACUGCUCUUAUUUGUACCAUCAAGGCUAUGGUUAUACACCAUAUGGAGCAUCCUUGCACCAUGAUGAUAAAGUCUAUGGGAUGCAACAGUAUCAGUACCCUUGUUCUUAUUACCAGUCUGCAGCAUCUACUGAUGGGUCAUUUGUUGCUAACAAAAUCAACACUCAACAAGGGAAAACAUCAACUGCAGUUAGUGCUGAACAUAUCCCUUCAUCUGCUGUUAUUAAUAAAGGAACUGUUGGUGUGGCCUAUGAAGAUUCUACAAAUAACAACGGGUUAAAGGAAUUUUUAUCAAGUUCCCAACAAUCAUUAUUGUAUUCAAAUGAUUCUUAUCAAAGGGCUGGUUUUCCUGUAUAUGCUCCUUUCUCGGGGUAUCAAGAUCCAAGAGUAGGUCCACAUGGGACUCAAACAGCAUUAUCUUCAGAUCCCUCGUUAUAUUCUGAUAAUAAGUCCAAUGAUGGAACAAAAAUUGGAUUAUCUUCACAAGCUGUGCCUGACAAAAACGGUUUCUCUCAAAGGAAUAUGGGUAUUCCUCAGCCACUUCCACAGUCCAUGAACUUACAUGGCUCCAUACAUUCAACUGGACUGGAACCAUUCUCUGGAUUCAUCAACGGGAUGUACCCAAGCAACACAGUGUACAGCCAAUAUGGAAACACAUACAGAGCUAGUUCUCAUUUUGGACCUGCUCCAUAUGGAUAUAAAGCAGGGUCUUUUAAUAACAAGCUUAAAGCCACGAGUGAUGGCCGCAUUGUUGAUCAUGCCAAAAGAAAUAUGGAUGGCUUUGGUGAGCUGAAUAAGGGACCAAGAUCUGGCGAUGGUUCUAAUGAUAAAAGUGUCAAAGGUCAUGUACCUGUCACCUUAUUACUCAAGGGACAGGAUCUUCCAAUUAAGAGUGACAACAAAGAAGUGUCUCUAGUUCCUAACAAGGAACAGUGCAACGGGGAAGAUUUUUCUGAGAAUUAUUCUGAUGCAAAAUUUUUUGUUAUCAAAUCUUAUAGUGAGGAUGAUAUUCAUAAAAGCAUAAAAUAUGGUGUUUGGGCAAGCACCCUUAAUGGAAACAAAAAACUGGAUGCUGCGUAUCAUCAAGCCAAGGAGAAUCCUGGCAACUGUCCUGUAUUUUUGCUAUUUUCGGUCAACACUAGUGGGCAAUUUGUUGGAUUGGCAGAGAUGGUGGGUCAGGUUGAUUUUGGUAGAACUUUGGAGUAUUGGCAGCAGGACAGGUGGACUGGUUGCUUUUCUGUGAAGUGGCAUAUCAUAAAGGAUAUCCCAAACAGUUUGUUGAGGCACAUAACGCUAGAAAACAAUGAAAACAAACCUGUUACUAACAGUAGGGACACUCAAGAGGUGAAGUUUGAGAAGGGUAUUAAAAUUCUCAAAAUUUUCAAGGAGCAUUCAAGCAAAACAUGCAUCCUGGAUGAUUUUGAUUUUUAUGAAAUUCGUGAAAAGAUGAUUCAAGAAAGAAAAUCCAAGGAACUACAAUUUUCCAAACAGGUUAGCAAGUCCAAUGAUUUAACAACGAAUGGGACAGUUAUAUUGCCCCAUUCUCAUGAUGGAGCCUUGCUGAAUGAACCAGCUUCUACAGAUGAAGCAGGACGAAAGGAGAAGCUGGUAGAAGUAAAUGGAUCAACUCAAGCAUCUGAAUAGAUGUGCUAAACCAGUUACAGUGCUAGACAGAAGAGUGGUUAAAAACGUGUAGUUUUCUAGUAUCACCCUCCCCCUAUUGUCAAUCCAUUUUCAUGCAUUCCUUUAGUAUGGAGCGAGUUUUGGUGCUUCUUUCCUGUUCGUAGUUAUCCUUGUUUGACCUUGGUAUUGUAGUGGAUCUAAUCUUGCACACCUCUUUUUGAAGAAAAGUUAUAAAGUGAGAAUGAAAAUAAUGAGUUAAAUUA